AUAAGUAGGCAAUUAUAAUCUAAUUAAUUAUAAUUACUCUACAAAAUUACAUAGUUACUCUACUAAUGUAAAAUCAUGAUUUUUUUUAUUGAAAUACGUGCUUAAUAAGUAAGGAAAAAUAAAAAAAAAAAUCUUCUUCAAUUCUUACGUUAUAGAUAUUUUGUAUGUUAAGAAUAAUUUGUACAAUAACUUCACCCUUAUUAGUUGGUAUAAAACCCACUUAACUACAUUCAUCGUAUCAUGUCAACAGAAUUUGUACAAUAACUUAACCGUUAUUAGUUGGUAUAAAACCCACUUAACUGCAUUCAUCGUAUCAUGUCAACAGAAAACAUCGUUAUCCCUGCAUGUGGAUACAUCCUCUAUAAAUACCACUGAAAACCAAAGAUAAUGUAUACCAAUCAACAAAGUUUGUGGUAAUAAUCGAUUAAAACCAAAAAUGGCCUCAACUGAAACUAACACUAUCCUCAAAGCCCACGCACAAAUUUGCGCAACAGAGCCUGCACGUUCUUUGGCCAAGUUUCCUCCUUCGAUUUGGGCCGAUCGCUUCCUAUUAUUCUUGCUUGACAAUUCGCAACUGGAAGCAUAUAGUAAAGCUAUGGGGCAGCCGAAAGAAGAACUGAGAAGAUUGAUAUUAAACCCUUUAAUUGAUUCGAACGAGAAAUUGAGUUUGAUUUAUUAUGUGUAUCGUCUUGGUUUGGCGUAUCUUUUCACGAAAGAUAUUGAUGGCCAAAUUGACAAACUUUUCAAUCAGCUAAACAUGCAAGAUUACGACGAAGCAGAUCUAUAUACAAUAUCUAUUCACUUUCAAGUGUUUAGAAUCUUUGGUUACAAAUUUUCUUGUGAGGUGUUCAACAAAUUCAAGGAUUUUAGUUCGGGUGAAUUCAAGGAAGACAUUACUACAGAUGUGAGGGGAAUGAUGAGUUUCUAUGAGAGUUCUCAGUUAAGAAUAAGAGGAGAAUCUAUUUUAGAUGAAGCCAUUGCAUUCACUGAAACUAAACUAAAAACCAUAGAGAAAACACUCCAAGGUGCUCUUGCGCGGCAAGUGAAACAGGCAUUGGAGAGGCCUCUUCAUCGAGGGCAUCCAAUGGUAGAAGCAAGGCAAUAUCUGUUGAACUUUGAAGAAGAAAUUUCAAGAUAUGAUUCGCUACAAAUGCUGGCAAAGGUUCAUUGCAACUACUUGCAACUCCUACAAAAGGAAGAACUUAGAACUCUUUCAAAGUGGUCUAAGGACUUGGACUUGCAAGUGAAAACUCCUUAUGUAAGAGAUAGGGUGCCUGAGCUCUAUGUAUGGAUAUUGGCACUAUUCUUGGAACCUUAUUACUCUCAAGCCCGAAUCAUAACAACAAAAGUCAUACAACUUGUGUUGAUGUUAGAUGAUACAUAUGAUGCAUAUGCUACGAUUGAGGAGAGCCGACUUCUAACGCAUGCAAUAAAUAGGUGGGAUAUUAGUGCUGUGUCACAACUUCCAGAAUCUAUCAAAUCAUUCUAUGAAAUUUUAUUGGAUGAGUUUGUUGAACUGAACAAACAACUACCUCAGCAAGAAACAAAAGAUCUCAUUGAGGCUACAAAAAAAGCAUUUCAAGAAUUAGCUAGAGGCUAUCUUCAAGAGGCUGAAUGGAGGCACAGUGGAGAGGUGCCAUCAUUUGAAGAGUACAUGAGGGUUGGGUUAACUACUUCUACACAUGAGCUUCUUGGUAAGGCUGCUUGGAUUGGUAUGGGCGAGAUUGUCACCGAAGAGGCUUUUAAUUGGUACCAAAGUCAUCCAAAGAUCUUGAUAGCUUCAGAGUCAAUUGCAAGACUCCAUGAUGAUGUGAUGACUGUUGAGUUUGAGCGUGAAAGAGGUCCAUCAGCCACAGGUGUAGAGGCAUAUAUGAAGACUUAUGGGGUGCCGGAAAAUGAAGCAGUCGAGGAAGUCAAAAAACUUGUUGAAAAUGCGUGGAAAGAUAUAAACGAGGGGUGUCUAAGGCCAAGGGAGGUCCCAAUGGAUCUACUUUCUCCAAUUGUUAAUCUUGCACGAAUGAUAGAUGUGGCGUACCAGUACAAUGACGGGUUUACUUUUCCUGAAAAAACUUUGAAGAAGUAUAUUACACUCUUGUUAUGCGAUUCAGUCCCUAUGUAAUAAAUAGUGGUUCUGGAUUCGUAUCUAUAUUUAUGUAACAAUGAAUAAAGCUAGUGAAUAUCUUGAUCAUUGAAAUGAUUCA